AUGAAGACCGCUCUUCUUGUUCUCCUGGCUGCGGCCUUUACCAACGCCCAGUUCUCUGGACUCAUGUUUUUCAGAGAUUCAGGCGACUGUCCCCAACAAACGGCAUCCGAGUCCCAAACUUCUUGGACAUACGAUGCUAGUGAAGGAAAUCUAUGUUUCUCGAACCCAUAUGAAAGCGACGAUCUAGAUGUUGCCUUCAGUGGGGAAUUGAUCGGCACAAACGCAGUAGCACCUAAAAAGCUCGGUGGGUGCCCGACCAGCAGUUGCGACAAAGACUGCACAACAGUGGAUGUCGAAGCAUCGGGUAAUGGUGCUUUAGUGGAGUGCGCGCAAUUCAGUGGUGCUAGCUACCUUUACCUUGGACAGUAG